UUUCCUCGCAUUAACAAAUUCCCAGUUGAUUCAGUUAGCGACAUUGAAAAUGCUUUUAAGAAUAAAACAUUAGCAAUAAAUGCAUAUAUUUUUAUGGCUCAGCCAUUAGUAGAUGGAUCACCCGCAUUUUGUAUAUCAAUAUUUGGCAGUGAUAAUAGAUUUACCUCAGAAGAUGUUUAUAAACGAUGGCAAUAUCUCAUAAAGGAAGCAGGAAAACAUGGAAUUACAAUUUUGGGCUUUUCAAGCGAUGGUGACACUCGGUGCUUAAAAAGUAUGAAAAUUAUAUCGAAAUUGUCAUUUACUUCAUUGAACCCUUACUCUCCCUAUUUUCAGGCGAAUUACAAUUUAGAAAAUCCAGCAGUUUUUCAAGACACUAUACAUAUAUCAACGAAGCUUAAGACUCGUUUAUUAAAUGAAAAUAUUUCUAUGAAUAUGGGAGGAAAACGAGUAUCUAUUGACAAUAUCCGGUACAUAAUUGAAAACUAUCCUAGAGAUAAACACUUAUUAUGCAAGAGCUUCCUUGAAUGUAAGUAUACUAGAAUAAAUUUGCUACUUACUUUUCUAAUCAAGAAUCUUCCAGAAAAACGUAAAAAUAUAUCAAUUUGUCAGCUUUAUUCAAAUUAAAGUCCCAACUAGAUAUAUAUGUAUGUAUGUAUGUAGCUAUGGUAGGACUAUUAUGCAUUUGGCUGUAUUACAUAGAUAAUAAUUUUCGGUCCACAAAACAUUUUUGAGCUAUGCACUGACACUUUUCUUUUUAGCUUCCGACAAAAUGAACUUCAAUGCAAUAGACAAGUUAAGUUCUGAACAUGUCACAAAUAUGCUUAAGGAAGUUCCC